AUGGGUGGGGUCCUCCUUCGUGCUGGUUUGGCCGCCGCGCGACCUCGGGAGGGGCCUGGAGUGGAGGCUACGCGGUUGGCAUGGAGGCGGGAUGGCGAGCAGAGAGAGGCAAGGACGGAGGCGCUCGCGUCCACCACGGGCGACCAUCGGCGUCAGUGGCAAAAAGCGGACGGGAGGAUGCGGAGCUUUGACAGAACGGGACCAAGGGCGCGGCCAAACCGUCGCCAUGGCCACGCCUACCUCAGCUCUUUCUCUCUAUCAGCUGACGGCAGCAACGCAUCAAGACUUCGACCUCCGUACGCAUCAGGACUUCGACCUCCGUACAGUACCGGUGGCAGUCACUUGAUGGUUCUGAUUCAGCUUGCCAGCAAGGGCACCAUCAGAAUUGAAGGCCUUCUCAAUUCACCCUGGCUACUCGGUACUGCAGACGGUGAGACAAAGAUCCGAGCCUCCGAGGUUGGUCUGGCUGCGGUGGUCAUGGUUGCCACUCUACAACAUGGAGAAAAGGGUCACCGUCAUUGGGGUGCCAAAAUCUUUGAUUUGGGGCAGCUUGAUUCUUUAUGCAGGUGUACAGAGUGACAUGUGGGUAGGAAGGGUACCAGCAAGUUCAAGAAAUGAUGGCAAGAAGAGAUCAAGCUCACAAGCAUAGACUAGAUCAUAGUUGUACACAUUGUUUCCUUCUAGACAACAGCUCAUGAGAAAAAGAAGUCAUCAGCUUCCAAGGACUUACUUUCAGCUAAGUAGAACAGCUCACGCCCCAAGCUUGGUGAUUCUUCAGUACACAUUAGCUAAGCAGACAGACUAUCAGGAAAGAUACCCUCCUAUUUGCCUCGGUCAUUAUGAUGUUGUUUUAUAGACUGCUAUCUAUCUUUCUUCCUUAUUAUAAUCUUCUCUUACAUUUAGCUGAUUCCUCCUAUAAAAAGUUCUAACAAAUUAUAUAAGGUUCAUCAUAUUAUUGUAGGGUGACUACAAUGUGAAACAACCUGAAACAACAUUGCAAUCGCCAAUUAAAUUUCCUUCCAGAAUGCUGCAUCUGUAUAAAAAAAAAUAGGUUGACUAACUUCUUUCUGCAAGCAAUGGAGUAAAACAGAACAUAGUCCCCUCAUUUCUCCGGCUAAGAUUCAAGCAGCUGGUCAUCUAAAGCAGCUCAAGAAGUUAACUUCCCUCAGGAAGACCUUCGCUGCACAGCACCCACUGUUGUCAAAUAAUAUUGCCCAGUUAUCUUCUUUUGUAUCUGUAUGACAAACACCUAUACACGACUAACUCCUUGUGACAAUAAUAUCCAGCUGCUUUUCCCUCCGAACAGAACAAAGAAUGUUUGUUUCUCUCAAAGAUUUUCAUCAAGGUAUGUGAAAAAAGAAGUAUGCAUGGUUGUGUACCUAGGCAAGCUCAACGAGCCUGAUCUGAAGGCAUUAUACAUCCAUAAUUGAUAAAUUUAGCUACCAUAGCACAACCAGCAUUCAAGGGCGCGGCGUGCCGCAGCGCCUAUGCUUCCUAGUAUGUUGUAAUUGUUGGGCAUAUAUGUAUUUUAAAUACGUUCUGAUUGCUUUUCUUUCCAACGCAGUUGAUGGCGUUGAAAUGCACAUGAUUAACCCACGAGUGGGGUAUUGGAUGUAGAACCUUGUCAAUGCCCUGGUGUUGUUUCUCACAAGGUUUCUGGAAGUACUUCUUGAUUGCAAAUGACAUGGUGGUACUGGUUUGUGGGUGUUUGGGAAGUACUUCUUGAUUGCAAAUGACAUGGUGGUACUGGUUUGUGGGUUUUUGGGAAGUACUGGAUGCUACUCUUUGUUUUGAGAGCCACAUUUGGCAAACAUGUACCACUUUCGUGGUUGUGUUUUAGUUUGAAACUAUAGUCAACUCUCUGUGUUUCGAUACUUUUGAAUUAGCGAGUUCUGUGAUAUACUCAGAGAUGGUCUAGCUCCAUAGGAGUCCUUAAUUUUUUUGUGUUGCAUUGUUGUUGGUUUUGCAGUUUUCUGCUGAUAGGGGAAGUUGGAUGGUGGUUGAUGCUCUAAAAUAGUUAUGUGAUACACAUUUGUAGGUUAAUUAAUCAUUAGUGCUAUAUUGGUUAGAUGUAGGAUAGGUUUAGAUUGGCUUACCUAUUUCUAUGAUUUGACUUUAACUAUAGAUUAUAGUUCAGGUUUUCAAAAAAAAUGUGAAUACGCUAUACAUUGACAGUUAUAUGAGCAUGCAUAUUUACUAGACGCGUUGGCGUGUACUUGUUAGUCAAUUGGAUCACAUUUUUUUGUUUCACUGGUUGGCAUGUCAAUUUUUUUUGCAUGGAAUGUGGAUGGUAUUACUUCCUAUGACAAUUGACUGAAAAGUAAUUAAUCAUCAACUUUAAUUUUUUUUACUGAAAAUGUCUAUGUUUGUCAGCUUGAUAUAUAUGGAUUAGUAUUGUUUGGUUAUAUAUUGUUAGCUGAAAGUUGGUUUUUCUCUCUCCAAAUAGCAUGAUAAGUUGACAAGUUGUUUAUAUUUAGAUCCAUUCUACAAAGGUUUAUAUAACAAUCCGUUUUGCAAUUACGUUUUUAGAGGCUUUUGCAAUUGCAAGAGGACAUGUUUUCAUGGCAUGUUGUAUUCAACAAUGAAUAAGAAUUUGCAUGGAUUUUGGUUUACUAAACCUCUCAUAAUUUCAGGCACCAGCAGGAAGUAUAGAUUCUUCACUAUUUGGUUUAUACAUUGUUAACUGAAAGUUGGUCUUCCUUUUUGCCAAUAGAAGCGAUAAGAUAUUAUGGAUAGUUUAUCUUUAAUUCCAUGUUCAUUUUGUGGCCCUUUUGUUAUAUAAAUGCAGUGCUAUUAAGUAGCAAUCCAAUGUAGUCCAAUUCCUUGUUGAGUUCAACAUGAACAAGAAUUUUCAUGGCAAGUUGUGGUGUAUUUGAUCCUUCAUAAUUUCAGCCACCGUCUGAGUUGUUAAUUUACUAUUGCCAUCUGAUCUUGUAAUAAUAAUGUAUAUUCUCACUUGAUCGUACGUAGUUUUUACUUCCUCAACUCCAUAUUGUACUAGAUCUUGCAUUGCGACAAUUGAUGUGGAACACACGGAGUAUCUGGUAAUACAGCUAUGUAUUUUUUUUGAGGUUUGGAACAUCAAAUUUCUGAGAUUUGACAUUGUUCUUCUAUUUUCAGUGAGGAUGGGCGGCGGGUGC